AGAUCGAGCUAUGUUUUAACGAAGUUUGUGCAGACGAAACUGGUACUGCACGUUUCAGCUUAUUGAUUGUUUCGAAGCACACUCCUCACGUUUACCAGAAAAGAAAACAUUUCAGGGGCCAGCUACCUCCACGUAGACGAGUGCACCGCUAGUUUGGCCUCACAAUGUCCAGCAGCGAAGACUCAGAUGGGAGCAAUGAAGCUGAAAGCAGUUGUGAUGAGGUGUCAAACAGUGAGGAGGAGGAGCAAUUGAGGAUUGGACCAUCUCCAAGCGACAUCAAAUCGGAGAGUUUCGUUACCGAUGUAUGCUGCCACCCUUCACGGGACGCUGUGGCACUUGCCACCUUAGACGGUGAUAUCUCUGUUCACUCGUACUCCCUGGAAAGCCCCAGUCAUGAACUGGUUUCGUUCUCACACCACAAACAUCCGUGCCGAAGAGUACGUUUCAAUCCGGAUGGUACGCUGAUGUUCAGCAUUUCUAAGGACUCCUCGCUGGCCAUAUCGGACAUGAACACUGGCGCAGUAGUGCACCAUAUCCAAGAAGCACAUGAAAGCCCUAUUUAUAGUCUCUGCGUAAUUGACGAGUACCUGUGUGCCACAGGUGACGAUGACGGGCAAUUCAAGCUUUGGGACUACAGGAGGCAACAGGCCGUCAUGGAAAACAAGGAUUGUGAGGAUUACAUCAGUGACAUGGUAAUCGACUCUGCCAAGAAAACUCUCCUUGUUACAUGUGGUGAAGGUACGCUCUCAGCAUUCAACGUGAAGAAGAAAACAGUCGAACUUCAGUCGGAGCUGUUUGAGCAAGAGUUCCUUUCUGUGGCAAUAAUGAUGAGGGGCCGCAAAGCUGUUGUAGGUGGUGGCGAUGGAAGUUUAAGUAUUUUCAACUGGGGCCAGUGGGGUAACCUGAGUGAUCGCUUUCCCUGCAAGCAUGAUCAAGCUGUGGACUGCAUGGCUGCUAUAACAGACCAUGUUCUAUGCACAGGAGCUGCAGAUGGCAAGAUCAGAAGUCAUAGGAGCUGUGAUCUGGGAGCUAUGGGAUGGGCUGGUUCUGAGACCUGUACGAUAGCGUGGAGGAUGCAGUAGAAAACCACGAGGUGGAGCAAGGAGCAAGGGUUAUGAAAGCACCUUUAGACAGCUACUUGCCUGAAGCAAGGUGGCAAUACAUAGCUACAGUCGGUGAUGUCUAAGUGGGCCCACUCUACUGAGGGCGAGGCUGAUGAUGACAGCUGUACCAGUCUUCACAAAGUCUCGUGUGGAAGUAACUGGCUCCUUGUAGCCUGUGUUCCAGCUCCUUCCUUGUACAUCAGCUGUUAUUGUCGUCAUUUUUCAUCGCCAUCCCAGUGCCACCACAGAAGGGCUCAAAAAGCAUAUAUGUCACUUGAAGUAGAAAUUAGAGUUACAUGUACAGGGAUACAUGUUUGCACAAAAAGCAUGAUCCUGGUGCACAAGAGAACCUUUAAUAGUGCAGGUCAGAAAAGCUGCUCAGCUGCCAACCUGCAACAUCACGUAAGCCAACCAAUAGCAAGGAGCGUGCCUUUUUUCUUUCUCCUUGUGGUUGUAUUUGGCACCCCACAUCUGACAUGGAGUAGUUGACUGGUAACCUUUCUCCCUUGCCAACCAAUAGAAGACUUCACAGCACGCCAGAAGCAGCUGGGAGGGAUCAUGGCUGCGGUGCACAUUCUUGUAAACUAUAAUUUUCUCGAGAAGUGUGGCCUUCCCAAAUGAAAUUUGUGUAGCAACGUUCGGUGAUGGAUAUUUCACGAUACAUGCACAUUUCAGAAUUUUUAAAAGGUAGAAUUACUUUCAACGAAGAUUGUCUCCCAUUCUGCUAUUAUCUGUAUUUUGCCCGAUUAGUUAAUGAAUUUUAGAUAGUUAGUCAUCUUCAUCUUGUAGCUACAUACUCUCUUCGAGAGGAUGUCCGCCUGGCUGUAUAGCUAACUGCAAAGACAACAUCUAUGCUGCUCCCACAACAUUUUGAUUAAAAAAUCUGUAAUUGAUAAAAAAAAUACCUUGUAUGUUUGAGGUGCCUUCUGUGCUCCAUUAAGUGUCAGCCACAUAACGAUCAGAAAGAUGUACGUUAGAUGUAAGAAAAGAAAUAGCAGUGCAUGUUUGGCUUUAUAAAUGUCUAAGUUAUCUGUAUAGUCAUGCCCUACUUAUCUGGACUCCUGUGUUUCCCAGUUCAACAGUCCAGAUAGUGAAUUUCUGGAUGUUCUACACAACUGCUGCACUUGGAGGGUUUUGACAGGCAGUUGCAUUUGUUUCCUAGGCAAAAUUAUGUCCAGUAUUCAAUUAAUACAGAUUUGUUUUUUAUGCAAUUAAUCAACAUCAGAAGACAUUCAGAAAGUUGUUGACUAUGUUGAUUCUAUGUUCUGGGUUUGGAUGCUGAUUUUCAGGUAACUGAAUGAGUUUCUAAUGCAGUUUAGAACAUACCAAUGUUUUCGUACAGAUUAUGAGCUUUUCAGUAAAGGAGAUCUGGGGAUAAGUGUUAUGUACAUACAUAACUGUACAUGCUUCACGUUUGCUGCUUUCAAGUGGCAUGCCUUCAACUUAAUAUGCCUUGAUAUGCCUUUAUGUAGGGCACAUACUAUUAUCUAACCAUAGCUGUUUCUUUUU